UACAUUCACCAAAUUAUUUCCUAGAAACUACAACUUGGAGCUUGCUUAGUUAUUUAAAGUACAGAGAACACACGGAGGAUUUUACAAGAGAUAAAUCAUUAGAGCACCAGUUUUAUGUUAAAGACCUUGAGUACCUUCAGAAAAAUCCCGAAGAAUAUCAACAAGCCGAACAAGUCGAACGGUGUCUUCUUAAUUUUCAGUCAUCUGAGUGCGCCUUGGUUGAUGAGUGUGGGGUGCGUCCUCCUUUAAGUGUCAAGAUACGCUCUGGUUUCUAUUGA